CCCGUCCCGUAUUUCUGUGCAAAGCCACCUGCACACUAAUCACAGGAUGCGUCCAGGGACUGUAGAAGUCACAACCUCAAAAUACCUUACUCGAAGUGCUUCCCGGCUUCAACCUCAAGAGAGUUGUUCCGGGCUUCAAUUCCUCUGGCUUCCAAUACCGACGAAUGUUGCACCAUUUCGCUUAUCUCAGUCCGAUCAAACCCAGAAGAACUUCGGUGACAGCUCGACCGCAGCCUUGCUCGUAUAGCAUGGACCCUGGCAAUGGAGCCCGCAACAGGUCGUUGGCAUCCGCUCGCAUGACCUGCGUUCGAAUCCUCUUUCUCACCUACAGCUUCGUCCUCAUGGCUAUGAUUCUGUUGGCCUUGCAUGGUUCUAUAUCGGUUGGAUGCCGACUCUAGUCUGGGCCCUCAUCAGGUACGGACAAAGUAAACAUGCUGAUCCCAAGGCAUGUCGUGAACGGAUCGCUAGUGAUCGCGGAUUCAAAGGACUACCCGAUUUCUAUGGACUAGGUAUCAGGGUAGGCUUGUACUUGCAAUGGGAUGCAAGCAUCAUUGCUAACACCUGGGUGCGCUCCGAAAGGCGAACCACCACCGGUGCAAACGUGGCCUUUUUCCUUGCUCUAUAUGUUGCGAUCUUAGCCAUUAUCUUCCAGGAUGGCUGUGUGUUCACAACGGAGCUUAUUACUCUGAUGUACAUUCUCUGGGGAGGCUUCUUCAUCGUCAUACUACCUCACUUUCCAUUUCGAUUCAAAGAGGCUGGUCAAACCGAGGGGGUCGAACAGCAACGAAUGGAGCCAAAGCCCGAACAGAGUACAAACAAGUUCCACGGUCUCGAGUACCUUCUUGGCUACCUAUUCGCGCUUUUCAGUCCUGCGACGAUCUGGUUCUGGAUUCGGCUCGCGACAGUUGGGGAGCACGACUUUGCUCCCUCGCCCCUGGGCACGGAAUUCUUCCUCUUCGCUCGACUCGGCCAACAUUCUGUUCGGGGUGCAGCUAUUUUCAUGACUGUGAUAAUGUUCUGGAUGUGGACUCCGCUACCCUGUGCCCUCAUCUUGGGUCUGAGAAACGCAAUGAAGGGAAGCAUUUCAGAUCGCUUUAUUAUGGCCACAAUGGUCUUCAUGCCCCCGGGACUUGUAUUUGGAAUUUACACCCUGCUAUUUGAUAAGCUUCUAAGUCUUAUCUUUCCCUGCCUAAGACCUUUGAGCGAGGAGCAAAUGACCCGGGCAGGCAUGGAUACCCGCUAUCCAUAUCGCUACGGGUCGUAUCUGUUCUACAAAGACAACUUCAAAUGUAGGUUUUUCGGUAUAGCAUGCAGCUUGAUGUUUAUAUACGUAGUUCUGGCUAUUGAACUUACACUGAAAUGGAACUCAGUUUCGGAUGUGUAUGAAGUGCAAUCAACCGGGCAAGUCACUCCUCUAGCGGUAGGGCUUCUGACGUUAUUUGCUCUCCUGUGGAAGUUGUACAGAGAAAAUGAAGACAAGCUAAAAGAAUACGUCCGCCGUGGACGACCUUGGACUGACUGGGCGAUGCAUUCCAAAUCGAAGCCCAGUGCUAGGCGCUUUCAUACCGAUGAUAUCGUCCGAGAUUCGCCGCAGCGUCCUGACACUCCAGAACCAGAACCACAACCGUCUCGGCCAGUCUCACCCGACCCUGACGAUCGCAUAGUUGUCGAGGACAUGGAACAUGGUCGAUACACUAUCGCCGUUCGAAACCUCCCGGUUCAGAAUGCUCCGCAGCCUGUCGGCCCAAUGACUGAGCUGGAACCUGUACCCAUAUCGAGUACAGAACCCAGCAUCAUAUCCGAGGACAACUAAAAUCAAUACACGUUCUUGUUGGCUUACUGUCAUAUUAUAACAUCGCCUUAUAGAGGCUUCUUUCCAUCACGCCUAGCUUGCCUGCAUUGCCGCCUGCAUCGCCGCCUGUGCUCGUUCAUUCACUUCUAAGAGGAGCACGAGAGAAAGCUCCGAAGAGUCGGCCCGGCCGCUCCGGCUAAUUAGAAAAUCAGACGAGAGGUGGGGGAAACGGGGGGCGUGGAGUGAUUAGGGGGUGAGCGUUUAUCCCUCCCCAAGAUUUAAGGUGCUUGAUCAAAGGAU